CUUGGUUUCUCCUCUUCUCUUCUCUUCUUUUCAAUUGAUCUUACGUGGAGGAUAAUUGUAUAGGUAUACGAUUCCUAUCUUACAAUCAAUAAUCACCAUGAAUAUGAACCAUAUGGAUACCUCCAUGGACAUGUCAUCCUCACACGCGGUGAUCUUCAACAACAACCACAACACCCCCCUCUUCUCCAAAGCAUGGACUCCCUCCUCCAGCGGCAGCUAUGCCGGAACUUGCAUCUUCCUCAUCGUUCUCGCCAUCAUUGCCCGAGUCCUUGUCGCAUUCAAAGUCCUCCUGGAACAGCACUGGCUAGCUGCGCACCUCAACCGUCGCUACAUUUCCAUUGCCGGGAAAUCGACAGAAGCAGGCUGCAUUGAGAAAGACCCUGACGCGAAAAUUGCCUCGUUGGUCUCGGCGCAGGGAGUCGAGGAGUCUGUGAGGGUGAUUCGGAGGACGUCGCGCGCGCCCAUGCCGUGGAGGUUUAGCGUUGACGUGCCUCGGGCUGGGAUAUUUUUGUGUAUUACAGGUGUUUCUUAUUUACUCAUGCUGGCUGUGAUGACGAUGAAUGUGGGAUACUUUUGCUCUGUUCUGGCAGGUGCUUUUGUGGGAGAGCUGGUGGUGGGCCGGUAUAUCCAGUACGAUCACGACCAUUGAUGAUAUUUUUAUUUUAUACAUUUUGUUUGGAGUUUGGGUCUGUUGCUAGCGUUCCAAUGGCAUGAUAGAUAUUAAAUACCUUAUAAUUUUAAUGGUAUUCCUCAGCUGUACUGCGGCUGACUGUUCCCGGUGUCUGCAAAGUCAAAUCAGCCACCGAGAAGGAAUGAGCAUAUUUUCUAACCUUAUUCCACUAAAGCUAUUCGGAUCUAGAUCGAAU